GGAUCCCGCCGGUCCCCGCCAUGGCCCCGGGGCUGCGCCUGCCCGCCCGCGCUGCCCGGCUCCUCCGCUGCCUGCCCGAGCCGGGGGGUCCCCCCAGUCCCGCCGCUGCCCCCCGGGGCCUGGCUGAGAUGCCGGGGCCCAGCCCGGCCGCCUUCAUGUUCGAGCUGCUGUGCCGCGGGGGGCUGCGGAGGCUGCACGAGCUGCAGGUGCAAGGCCGGGCGCGCUAUGGACCACUCUGGAAAGCCGCCUUCGGGCCCAUCCUGACCGUGCAUGUGGCCGACGCCAGGCUCAUCGAGCAGGUUCUGCGCCAGGAGGGGUCCUUCCCGGUCCGCUCCCACCUCUCCUCAUGGAAAGAUUACCGGGAAUGCCGUGGGCACGCGUAUGGGCUGCUCACUGCGGAGGGUGAGGAGUGGCAGCGGCUGCGCCGGCUCCUGGGGCGGCUGCUGCUGUGCCCGCGCGUGGCCGAGUCCUUCUCGGGGCCGGUGGCCGCGGUGGUCGGGGACCUGGUGCAGCGGCUGCAACUGCAGCGCGACCGGCACCCGCAGCACCUCGUGCACGACCUCGGCACCCACUUCUACAGGUUCGGCCUGGAAGCAAUCUCCUCCGUGCUGUUCGCCUCCCGCCUGGGCUGCCUGGAGCCGGAGGUGCCGCGGGACACCGAGACCUUCAUCCGCUCCAUCAACACCAUGUUCGAUGCGCUGCUCACCAUGGCCAUGCCCAAGCCCCUGCUCCGCCUCUUCCCCAAGCCCUGGGACACCUUCUCGCCACAUCGGACCGGCGCGGUGGCCCGAGGUGGUGGGCGCUGGGACACGCUGGAGAGGACGUGUCUGACCGACCACCUCGCGCGGGAGAAGGUGCCCAUGAAGAGCAUCUACGGCAACGUCACGGAGUUGCUGCUGGCCGGGGUGGACACGAUCUCGAGCACCCUGUCCUGGAGCCUGUACGAGCUGGCGCAGCACCCCGGGGUGCAGGCGGCGCUGCACCGGGAGCUCGCCGCCGCGGCCGCAGCCGGCACCGCCGCGGGCAGCGUGCCCCUGCUGAGGGCUGUGGUCAAGGAGACCCUCAGGCUCUAUCCCGUCAUUCCUGCCAAUGCCCGUAUUCCUGACCGCGACAUCGUGGGUGAAUACGUGUGCACGCAAGGUGAGAGCACCCUCAUCACUCUGUGCCAUUACGCCACGUCCCGUGACGGCCGCGUGUUCGCGGCUCCCGAGCGCUUCCAGCCGGAGCGGUGGCUGCGCCGCGCCUCGGGCCACCCCUUCGCCUCCCUCCCCUUCGGCAUCGGCAAACGCAGCUGCAUCGGACGCCGCCUCGCGGAGCUCGAGAUCCACCAGGCGCUGGCACAGAUCCUGCUGCGCUUUGAGGUGCGACCGGAGCCCGGCGGGAGCCACGUCCAGCCCAUGACCCGCACCCUGCUCGUGCCCGCGGCCACCAUCAACCUCCAGUUCCUCACCCGGUAGCGGGACCCUGGAGGUGGCCUCGACCCCAGUGGUUGGUGGCCUUGACUCCAGUGAUGACCCUGACCCCUUGUCCCCCCCAUCUCCCACCCAUGGGCACCACCGAUGAUUAUUUAAAGGUCUAUUUAUUGGCAACUAAA